CGAAAUAUUAGAGUAAAAUAUAUAAUUCAACAACAACAUUCUAGUUCCUGCUGAUUAACGAGGUCAAAACUCGUUGAUCAAUAAACAAGAAUCCAAGAACAAUCUUUUUGUUCAUAUCGAUCGAAGACUUUUUGAUUCACGCAUAAUAUUAACAAUUUGGACAGAAAAAAUGUGGCAAUCAAAUGCAAAGUUAAGUAUAGCUAAAAGGGGUGUUGGCAAUGGCCUGGUUGCAGUUGCCAUAGACAAAGACAGAGGAAGCCAACAUGCAAUCAGAUGGACAAUCGAUAAUCUGCUCACCAGAGGCAAUACUAUAAUACUCAUUCAUGUCUUGAAAAGGGCGCCAUCUUCGCUUGGAAAAAAUUAUUACGCUCACGAUCUGAAUGGAGCUGCACCUGCAAAUAAGCAAAUAAUCGAAAAGAGUGCCGAAGACCUAUUCCUCACCUUCCAUUGCUUUUGCACGCGUAAGGAUAUUCAAUGUUUGGAUAUUGUGCUUGAGGAUACAGAUGUAGCAAGAGCAGUAACAGACUAUGUUACCUACUUUGCAAUUGACAACUUAAUUCUUGGAGCUUCGCGACAUGGUUUUAUCAGACGACUGAAAAUGGUAGAUAUUCCGACUAGUGUAUCCAAAGGAGUUCCGGAUUUCUGCACUGUUUACGUGAUCUCAAAAUCGAAAAUCUCUUCUGUUCGGAAUGCUUCUCGACCAGCACCAUUUGCUUCACCUCUUUAUAAACAAAUACAGCAAAUGCAAGAACAGGCGAAUAGUAAUGGUUUUUCCCCUGAUGCGCAUCCCAGGCGUAUUCCUAGCAUGAGAGCACCUGAUAUUACGUCACGAAAGGCUCCUGGAAUGCUCAGUGACAAUGACUUUAUCAAGUCGCCAUUCGCAAGGGGAAGAGCGUUUACUGGAAGGUCAUGUGCAGAGUUCUCAGAAUUAGUUACUGAUAUAUCAUUCAUAAGCUCUGGCAGGCCAAGCGUUGAUAUCGCGUCUACUAUGAUCUGUGAUAACAUGGAUACAAGUCGAACCUCACGUGUAUCAACCAGCUCAGAAAGCAGUCUGGGGUCAGCACGCUCCGGGGCUAAGGAUAGUGAAUUGAGUUCCUUUUCUGAUUUUUCGUCAUCAUCACUACAAAAUGAUGACGUGGAAUCUGAAAUGAGAAGGCUAAAGCUUGAGUUGCAGAAAACAAUGGAAAUGUACAGCACUGCCUGUAAGGAAGCACUAACGUCAAAACAGAAGGCGGUGGAGCUUAAUCGAUGGCGAAUGGAAGAAGAACGAAGAUUAGAAGAGGCUCGACUUGCAGAGGAAGAAGCAAAAAUGGUUGCUGAAACAGAGAAGGCUAAAUGCAGGGUAGCUUUAGAGAAUGCUGAAGCAGCUCAGAGAAUUGCAGAAUUAGAAUCACAAAAAAGAGUAAAUGCUGAACUGAAAGCCAUUAAAGAAUCAGAAGAGGAGAAUGACAAUGAGCAAAAUACAUUAGCUCAAAAGGAAUUAAUAUACAGGCGAUACACAAUCGAAGAAAUUGAAGAGGCAACAGAGUAUUUUUCUGAGUCUCGCAAGGUUGGAGAAGGCGGCUAUGGCCCUGUUUUCAAGUGUUAUCUCGAUCAUACACCAGUGGCAGUGAAGAUCUUACGUCCUGAUGCUGCUCAAGGAAGGUUACAAUUUCAGCACGAGGUUGAAGUGCUGACUUGUAUGAGACACCCAAAUAUGGUUAUACUCCUUGGAGCCUGCCCAGAAUAUGGCUGUUUAAUUUACGAAUACAUGGCUAAUGGUAGCUUGGAAGACCGUCUCUUCAGGAAAGGGAGCACGCGCCCACUCUCGUGGCAACUUCGGUUCCGAAUAGCUGCAGAGAUCGCCACAGCCCUACUCUUUCUUCACCAGACGAAACCCGAACCACUAGUGCAUCGUGACCUCAAACCAGGAAAUAUUUUGCUUGAUCACAACUUUGUAAGCAAGAUUGGCGACGUUGGAUUGGCUAGGCUUGUCCCUCCUUCUGUAGCUGAUGAUGUAACGCAAUACCGAUUGACCUCAGCAGCCGGAACUUUCUGCUACAUCGAUCCCGAGUAUCAACAGACGGGAAUGCUUGGAGUGAAAUCCGAUGUUUACUCGUUUGGCAUUGUGCUUCUUCAAUUAAUAUCCGGUAAACCAGCAAUGGGCUUGACUCACCACAUUGACCGGUCAAUUGAGAAGGGGACGUUCGAACAGAUGCUCGAUCCUUCCGUGCCAGAUUGGCCAGUUGAAGAGGCCUUAAAAUUUGCAAAGCUAGCACUACAAUGCGCAGAAUUAAGACGAAAAGACAGGCCAGAUCUUGGCAAGGUUGUUUUGCCUGAACUUAAUAGAUUGAGAGAGUUCGGCCAAGAAAAUAUGAACCAUUUCUUGGUAGUUGGCGGUACAGCUUCCUCUCCUAAUCACAGUAACACGUCUUUAACGCAGGAAAUCGUGAGUGACCAUCAAGUACAUUCUGGAUCGAACAGCUCAAAAGGCAAUUCAACUUCAGCAUCUCUGCCAGAAUAGCUAUCAAGUAUUCUUCGUCUCACUCGAUUCAAUGGAAAAACUGAUUGAAUCUGGCAGCAGAAUGACGAAAGAUAUCACGAGAAACAAUCCAAGUGAUCUUAACAGUUUUGUAGUCCAUUCUACUGGGGUUAUUUAUAUCUAGCAAGUUUGUAAUUACGAUAGAACAAGUGAGCUCGGGCCACAGAGGGCUCUGAAGCUCAUCAUUGUACAGUUUUUACUUUUUAGCUGACAAGACAUACAGCAAUCUUGUUGAUGUAGAAUGUCUCUGAUUUGUCUGUAUCAAAGUACCAAACAUAUGCCAAAAUGGUUUUAGCUGACUUACUACAAUUACCUUUAUAUC